AUGCCCGCAGCCAAGUCGCCCGAGCCCGCAGCGGCGAGGCCCGAAAAGAAACAUAAAAAGGACAAGUCCUCCAAGGCGGAGCGGAAACGCGAGCGCGAGGAGGACGCGUCGGUCGAUGCCGAGGAGCGGAAGCACAAAAAGUCCAAGGCGGCCGCCGGAGAAGCCGUGGGAUUCGAUGCCGAGCCAUCGGAAGGACUGACGAAGAAGGAGAAGAAGAAGAAGAAGGAGAAGAGGAGCAAGCAGGGCGAGGAAGCUGCCGAAGCUGUCGACAAUGACGAGCUCAAGGCGGCAAAGAAGAGCAAGAAAAAGUCCACGCUGGACGGUUCGGUGGCAACGCCGAUAAAGACCGACGACGACGACGACCAUGUCACGGACAAGCACAAAAAGCGAAAGAAAAAGUCCGCAAAGCACGGCAAGGUCGAGGGCGAGGAUGAGGCUGUGCCGGCGACGCAGGGAGACGCCGACGCCGACGCCGACGCCGACGCCAUGGACAUUGACCAGCCGACGUCCUCGACCAGUUCAUCACACGUCCAUCAGCCGCCCGACAUGCCGGCGAACCCCCAGUUUCCCUUCUUCUCCCAAACCGUGUCCCUCUACGAGCCUCUAUACCCCCAAGGCUGGGCGCAGCCCGUCACGCACUGCCAGUACCAGCACCUCCAGCACCUCCAGAACAAAUAUGUGCCGUCCCUUCGCGGCGUCCUGCUGAGCUACAAGAACGUGGCCAUCGGCCCGAACCCCGGACGCGACGGCGCCGCGACGGACGACGACAUGCCGACGACGGUGAGGUCGCUCAACGAGUUUGCCGUCGGCUUCGGCUGGAUCACCGCCGACGUCGAGCUCUUCGUCCCCAGCCGCGGAGCCUGGAUGGAGGGCAGCAUCAACCUGCAGACGGAGGGGCACGUCGGCGUCGUCUGCUACGGAAAGUUCAACGCCUCCGUCGAGGCUCGCCGCCUCCCUCCCUCCUGGAGAUGGGUCUCCAACGAGUCCGCCGACGCGCGGGGCUUCGAGGAGACGGCGUCGGUCAUGACCUCGGACGACCACGGCGUCGCGCGCCAGAUCCACAGCACCGGCUUCUGGACCGACGGCGCCGGCGACAAGGUCAAGGGAAAGAUACGCUUCCGGAUACGCAACUUUGACGCCGGCACGAGCGGCGAGACGAGCUACCUGAGCCUCGAGGGCACCAUGCUGGACGAGGCGAGCGAGAAGAAGUUGAUCAAGGAAGAAGCCCGCACCGCGCAGAUGCGGCGGGAGAAGAAGAGCGGUUGGAGGAUCGAACGCCGACGAGCCCCCGAGUUCAGCAUGACCCGCUUCGCACCCGAGGGGGCCGAGACGGAGGGCGAGGCCGUCAAGGAGACCGAGGAGACGAAAGCGGAUCCCUCCGUCCAGAAGAGCUCGGAGAUGGAGUGA